CUUCUCGUGAUCUUGAUUCUAUCCCUCUCGCAUGGCCGCAUGAGGAGGAGGAAAAUGAAAACCAUCUUUCUCUUGUUGUUUUUUAUUGCUGGAACCCCCGCUGACAAUCCUUACCCACAAAUUUCUAGCUAUCCUAACAAGAAUAAUCGUGACAAUUACCAGUAUGAGUCUCACCCAAGAGGUGCCCAGAUACCAAUCCAGGUACUAGUCAACAGCAAUUCUGACUUUGCCUUCAAGAUCUUCAGGAAGGUCUCUUCCAGGGAAAGCCAGCAAGGGGGCAGAAGCAAGGGGAAUAUUGCCUUCUCUCCCUUGGCCUCUGCCUUUGCAAUGAUGGCCGUGGGUGCAAAGAAUAACACUUCAGAUCAAAUUUUGAAAGGACUUGAUUUUAAGCCAUCAGAGAUCCAGGAGAGGAUGAUACAUGAAGGCUUCCGGGAACUCACACGCAUGUUAAAUAAUGGAGGAGCUGGACACCAGAUGGAAAUUGGGAAAUGUCUUUUUGUGCAAAACCAGCUAUAUCCUGAACAGCGAUUCUUCAAAGGCCUCAAAAACUUCUAUGGAGGAGACAUCUUUUGGGAAAAUUAAGAAACUGAGCAGCACAUCAAAAGUUACAUCACAAGGAAAACCCGUGGGAAGAUAUCUAAGCUUGUCAAUGAAGUCGAUCCCAUUACUGAAAUUCUGCUAAUUAGCUAUAUUUAUAUGAAAGCUAAAUGGAAGAAGCUUUCUAACCCAAAGAACACAGAGGAGCGCAACUUCUAUGUGAAUCCUUACAUGGUUGUGAAAGUGCCAAUGAGGUUCCAACUGGGCAUGUUUGAAAUUGGGCAUGAUGAUGAAACAUUGUGUACUAUUUUGAAAAUGCCCUGUGAAGGUCACACUGUGGCACAUUUUAUUCUGCCUGACAAAGGGCAGCUUGAGAGGGUGGCCAGCAGCUUGUCACAUGUAGUUUUAUAGAAAUGGAAAAGUAUACUUUCGAAAAGUUUGAAUUAA